AUGGACGAGAAGCAGGCCCUCGAGGCCAGCGCGGCCGCCGCCGCGGUUCGGCCGUUCUCGGAGAGCCAGCCGCCCAUCGAGAACACGGCCGAUCUCAAGACGCACAAUGUCGACGUGGACAAGCUGGGAAGCGAGGUCGGCUCUGGCGAGGAGGUGGAGGAGGACCUCUACCGCCCGCUGCUUAUGGAUCCUUCAAUUCCACACGAGGAUAACCCGCUCACCAUCAGAGCUGUCGUUGUCGGCUGCAUCCUGGGCUCGCUCGUCUGCGCAUCCAACCUGUAUCUCGGUCUCAAGACGGGCUUCACAUUCAGCGCCAACAUGUUCGGAGCUAUCUUUGGCUAUGGAGUCUUGAAGUUGCUCGAGAAGUCGGGUAGAAACCUUCCCAUCAUUGGCGGCAUCUUCGGUCCCCAGGAGAACUCCAUCGUACAGGCCGCCGCGACCGGCGCCGGCGGCACUGGCGGUAUCUUCGUCGCUGCCAUCCCCGCCAUGUACCGACUCGGCGUCAUGGGAGAGGGCCGCUCGCCCAAGGACGACAUCGGUGCCAUCUUCACCAUCACCCUCGUCGCAUCCUUUAUCGGCAUCUUUUACGUCACGCCGCUCCGCAGGUUUUUCAUCGUCCAGGUCGCCCGUGAGCUGAAGCUCAUGUUCCCCACGCCGACCGCCGUCGCCAUCACGAUCCGGUCCAUGCACGCCGGCGCCGCAGGCAGCGUUGACGCCAUCAAGAAGCUCAAGUGCCUCGGCAUCUGCUUCAUGGGCGCUCUCGUCCACCGUGUCGCGUCCUACUACGCGAUUGGCAUCCUCUACGACUGGCACGUCUUCACCUGGAUCCACAUUUGGAGUGGCUACACCAGCUGGGCUUUGAACAUUGAGUCUUGGGGUUGGUACUUUGAGUGGACGCCGGCAUUCAUCGGCUCGGGCAUCCUGAUCGGCCUGAACCCCGCCAUCUCCAUGUUUGCCGGCUCUGUCAUUGCCUGGGCCAUCAUUGGCCCGGCCCUGGUGCACUACGGCGAAUGCAUCGGCCUUCAACGGUACCCCGAUGAUCCCCAGUGGGACAGCCUCUACAAUUUCAGUUCUCUUUCGCAACUGGGCAAGCGGACGCCGUCCCCUCGGUACUGGCUUCUCUGGCCAGGCGUCAUGGUCAUGGUGUGCUCCUCCAUGGCAGAGCUGUUUGUCCAAUACAAGGCCAUCUGGUCGGGCAUGAAGUCGGUUUGGAACCAAUCUUGUGCGGGCAUCAACGACAAACUGGUGGCCCGGGGCAAGUCUAGCGCUUUCUUCGCCAAGCAUGGCAACAACAACUACAAGGAUGAGAACGUGGUCGAGGAUCCUUUCCCGCCGGAGGAGCAGGUCAAGACUUGGAUGUGGGCCUUUGGCCUGCUUGUUACCCUGGUUAUCGGCAUGAUCGUCUUCCACUUCCAGUGGGACACGCACCCGGGCCUGACCAUCCUUGCCAUAGUGCUUGCUUUCCUCUUCUCGUUCCUCGCCAUUCAGAUUGGCGCCGUUACCGACACCACGCCCCUUACGGCUGCCGCCAAGGCUUCGCAGCUCGUCUUUGGCGGCGCCACCAAGAACAGCGGCUACACGGUCGAGCAUGCCCAGAAGAUCAACCUGGUCGCCGGUGCUCUUGCUUCGGGCGGUGCUGACAUGGCCACAGCCCUGGUCAGCGAUUUCCGAACCGGUUUCCUGAUUGGCACUUCACCUAUCAAGCAGUGGAUCGCCCAGUCCUUCGGCAGCUUCAUCUCGGUCUGGCUCGGCCCGGGCCUGUUUGUGCUCUUCACCUCGGCCUACCCGUGCAUCUGGGACCCCAAUUUUCCGGAGGAGGAGAGCUGCCCCUUUUUUGUUCCCUCCGUGUCGGCCUGGGCUGCCGUCGCGCAGGCUGUCACGGAUCCCAUGGUCUCGAUCCCGCUCACGAGCGGCAUCUUUGCCAUCGUCAUGGGCGUCGUCUCCAUCAUCCAGGUUGUGAUCCGCCACUUCUAUCUGGUCGGUGAGCGCGAAAAGUACCGCCGGUGGCUGCCCAACUGGGGUGCCAUCGCGCUGUCGUGGGUCAUUCCCGCCCCCGUGUUCGCCAAUGCUGCGCUGCUCGGCGCCAUCAUUGCCGCACUCUGGAGGAAGUACAACAUGCGCACCUGGGAUAUCUACGGCUAUGCCGUCGCCGCCGGUUUCAUUGCUGGCGAGGGUCUCGGCGGUGUCGUUGGUGCUAUCCUCACGCUCGCCGGUGUCGACGGCGGUACCUAUGGCACCAUGAUUGCCUGCCCUGGCAACGAGUGCUAA